GUGUAGUGUAUAUGUAUCGGCGAACGCCGCAGAACACAGAACAAAGCAACACAAGACAAGCCUUGUUAAUUAAUUAAAAAAAAAAAAAUAGGGUCGUGAGGUUUAGGGAAAAACCCUCACUAUGAUAGUUUCACAAAUUUGCUGCAAUGGAGGAAGAUGAUAAAUCAAAUAAACAGUCUCAAUCCCCAAUGGCUUUCCCUCCUUACCGUCGAUCUCACUUCCGUAGUCAAACUUACCAUACCCUUGUCCGUAUCCUAUCCCACCUCCCUCCUUCAACUAUUCCAACUCAAUCACUCAAUGUUCCUGAUAAUGACAUUGGUGGAUUGGGGCUAGAAAACAAGGAAAAGGAGCCCGCGAGCUCUGAGAUAAAUGUUGGUUCGAAUGUUAUGGAUCCCAAGGGUUCUGUAUCCAUGAAUGAAACACAUGAUGUCCAUGAGACCGUUGAAAGUGUUGAAGACAUGAUCAAGAAUUUUAGUGUCCAUGAUAUGAUCCUAGAUGAUAUAGAGUUUCUGAUGGAAAGAGAUGAACCGUCUGAGCAAAUAAAUGGUUUUCAUUCGGAACAGACACUAAUGAACGAGUUGGAGCUGGUUGUGAAAGAGACCGGAGAUCCUGUUCGUGGUAAUGGUUUAAUCCUGUUGAACUCGGGAUUAAAAGAGAAACAGAAUAGUGGUAGUGAAGUUGAUUUGAUGGAUUACCAAGUAGAGCAUGUUGAACUUCUGCAUUCUGGUACUAGCACAUCUGGAAGUGUAAGGGAGCUGCAAUCGCAAGUACCGGGAGAGUUUAAUCAACUUGCCUCAGAAGAAUGUCUUGUGUCCGGAUCAACAAAGGGACAAGCUUCUGCUUCAGUAAUUAGUACAUCGAGUUUAAAGAACAAAACUCAACAAAAGGAAACCGAAUUGGUGAAACCAGUUUGUUCCGUAGUAGGCUCUCUUUCUACUAUUCAAGAAGGUGAUUUUGAGAAGGAAGAACAAAAUGGUCAUAAGCUUGCUGAACCAACUCAUAUUUCUUUAGAUCUGGAUAAGAACAUUGAAGCAUCAAAUAUGACUGAAGAUGGUGGAUUAUUGGAUUCUACAGUAAUAAAAGAUAAAUCCGUAACACAGAGUGGAGAGAAAUCAGAGAAGAUAAUUUCUGUGAACAAUGAAACUCAUGAUUCCAAUAUUCUGAUUGAAGAAGGAGGUCUAGAAGAGGGAGAAAUUUCUGGAGACUUUGAAAUGGAUGGAAACACAUUUGAUGUGUCUUCUGCAGAUGCUACAGUUGCAGAACAGAUGAAAGUGGAUGAGGUUCAAUUAGCAAUCUCCAGGGAAGACAGACACGUAGGAAGUAAAGUUAUCAAUGACAUACCAACAACUUUAACCCAAAAUCAAGUCUUGCACAAUGGAUUCUUGGAAGAAACUGCUACCAAAGAUCGUGAGAACUCGUCUCCAGUACAGCAGAUAAUUGAUGCUAGCAAAAAGAAAAGAAGUGGUCCUGACUCUAAGAAGCAGAAAAACAAUAAGGAGGUGGUUGAUACUAGUAGAAAGCGAAAAUGUGAAUCUGAUUUUGAGAAGAAGGAAGAUAUAAAGAAGCAGAUGGUUGACUCCAGUAGAAGUAAACGUGGUCCUGGUUCUAAGGAGAAGAAAACUAAAAAGAGGAAGAAAUAUCGAAAAAACAGAGCAGAAAAGAACAGAGAACUAGGCGUUAAAAGAUUGAAGUUGAUUCCAGUACAGAAACCAAAAACAAUCCAAUAUUGUCGCCAUUAUAUGAAUGGAAGGUGCCAUGAGGGUGACAAGUGCAAUUUCUCACACGAUACCGUUCCUUCAACAAAGUCCACGCCAUGCACUCACUUUGCUCGCCACUCUUGCAUGAAAGGGGAUGAUUGCCCAUUUGAUCAUAAUCUCUCCAAGUAUCCUUGUUCCAAUUUUUUGUCUAAAGGCUCUUGUUAUAGAGGUGAUGCUUGUUUGUUUUCACACCAGGUACCGAUCAACCAAGAUAUACCUACGCCUUCAAAUGCUUGCAAACCAGAGUUGAAGUCUCCGCUUCCGUUAGGACAUACAAAUUUCAGUACGCCAUUGAACAAUCAUGGCUGUAAUUCUGUCCAGCAAAAUCGCUUCACCAAUUCUAAGGGAGUCGAUUCUCAAAUCAAUGCAGAACAUAAGGUGACAGACACUUCACAGAAACAGCCUACCUCAGCACCCAAAGGAAUUAGGUUCAUAAAUGUUGCUAACUUAUCACCGAGCCUUAGUACGCCAAAACAAGACACGGUAACACCAAGCAAGGGAAGUCUUGUCCGCAAUGGAACAUGUACAGAUAAAGGUCAAAAUAUUCCGGAAAUUCCUAAGAAAUUGCCGUCUGUCACACCUAAGGGAAUUAACUUUCUUUCUUUCGGCAAAAGUUCCGUUUGCAGUUUUAAAAGUUCUAUCGGCUCCCAUGUAAAUAAGGAAAAUGGUAUCAAGUUGCCUCAAUCAGUCAAUUUUGGUUUGCCUGAACAUUCAAUUUCAUUUCUGAAUAAGGAUGAUUAUGGCAAAGUUAGUGACAGAACAGCACAAAAUUUACCACAAACUGCUCUAUUCCCACCUGAGAUUUUAGACAAAAACCAAUCCAUGGCAGAAAUAAUGAAAUCGAAAUUUCUAGGGAAAGAUUCAACAGAUGAUUCCGCAAGGGAUCGCGGCCAUUGGAAAUCAGUUCAAGAGGUAAAAAAAGCAUCUGAGAACUCUCAGGCUUCAACUGUGACCUCAGCUAUGCUUCUGGCGCGUCCAGUUGUCUCACAUCAGUCUUCAGAAUGCCAAAGGGCGCUCUUAUCAACUUUAGCUUUUGCAACGGAGCAUGAAUCAGAUAUAAAGAUGAAAUGCCCUACCGGUGCUUCACCUGUAUGAUCAGAGGAAAAAAAAGUAAAACAGUUGUAGCUCAGUGUCCGAAAGAGUAGCAUUGCUAAAAUUGGUUUCAAUCCAUUCUUGGUGAUUUGAAUCAAGGCACUUCCCUGCUUAUAAUGGAUGAUAACUAGAAAGGGAGGUGUUUAGUUUGCAAUGUUUCUAUUUCUCUCACUGUAUGAUUGCAGGUCAUGCACUCAUGCUGUUCUUUACGACAACAAUUUUGGGAAGGUUUUCUCCAUCUACCUGUCAAUACAGCGAUCACUGCAGUAUUCUUGCUUCUGGAAGUGACUUGAAUUUUGAAGUGGCUAAUUGAUUUUAAAUUUUUGGUUCUAUCAUCCAUGUACAUAUCAAACUUGGUCUUUUGUUGCUUCUGCAGGUGUAUAUUUAUAUUUAACCCAGCGAUAGAAAUCUCUGAUUUCCGAAAAUUUUUGGAAGAAUUUCUGAAUGAUUUGUUUGGAGCAAUAUACGGCUGAAUGAUUUUUGCUGCAUCACCUUAAUGUAAAUUUUGAUUAUAUAUUACAAUAAUUAAGGAUCAGUUCCUGAAAUUUGAUAUAUCUUGUGAUUUUUUGCUGCAUCACCUUAAUGCAAAAGUUAUAGUCGAAAUAGUUUACUUUUCAUGCACUAUCAGUGUAAAAAGUUUUGCAUUGUUUGCACAUCACAAUCAAUUAUGUGAAAAUACUUUUAGAAGUAGUUAAAGUUAAAGUAAAAUGUUUUUAA